CCUCCCCCCCUGCACCCAGCUUUCCUUCAUGAAGUAACUGCCUCCCCCCCUGCACCCAGCUUUCCUUCAUGAAGCUGUAUGCAGUCACUCAAGGCUUUCCCUGCUGCAGACCAAGACCUAGACAGAGUGCAUUGUGGGUAAUUCAUGCUAAUAGGAGGCCGCGCCCACUGCUGCUUGUACACAGCCCAGGCUCAGCCUGCCGCACGCUGCCGGGGCUCUGCUUUUGUCUGAUGUCAUGCACCAUGGCUAUCAGGGACUUAGAUGCAGAGAAAGACAAGAUUCAGAGAGAAAUCGAAGCACUUGAGAGAAGUUUGGGUCCAGACGUGUCCUCGAUCGACGUGAUCCUAUCUGGCAGUAGCGAGGGGUCCGAUGACGAUGACGCUGAUAGUGAAGACCCAUUGGGGGAAGACCUUGAAGCUGAUGAAAUUGUCUUGGAAGAUGGAGGGAACAGAGCUGAGCUGUGCUUGCAGAUGAACCUUGUCUAUCAGGCAGUUAUACAAGAGAAGCUUCAAGAAUUGGAACUUCUUCUGUCUCAGAAUAAAGUACAACAGGAAGAAUUGCUCUGGGAACUUGCUGGACGGAGAACUGAACGUGCUGGAAUCCCAAAACUCUAUCCAAAAAACCUGUCCAUUGGCCAUUUCGUCAAACCAUAUUUUAAAGAUAAAGUCACCGGAGUGGGGCCUCCAGCCAAUCCGGAGAUGAUAGAGAGGUCUUCUCAUAUUGUUAAAACCUUUAAAGAAUUAUGCAGAAGAAGAUGGAGGACUAAAGAUAAUGAUGAUUUAAAAAAUGCAGUUUUGAGUGACUCUCUGCAGAGGAUGCUUCAACCCAAAUUACUCAAGAUGGAAUAUCUGCAGCAGAAGAGGGACAUUACCAAAAGUGAUAUUGACAAAAAAAAUCUUACAAAGCAGAUCGAAGAGAUGGAGCAAGAAAUAGAGGAUAUCAACCAACUUCCAGAGGAAACAUUGUUGGGGCAAAGAACUAGUGAUCAUGACUGGGACAAGAUUUCUAAUGUCAAUUUUGAAGGCGUUCACAGUGCGGAUAGAAUUAGUAAGAUUUGGAUGAAUCAUCUGCAUCCAAACAUCAACAAUGAGCCUUGGAAAGAAGAUGAAAUAAAAAAACUACAAGAAAUUGCGGAAGAACACAACUUUGUCCAUUGGGAACUAAUAGCCGAGGAUCUAGGGACAAACAGAACAGCCUUCCAAUGUCUCCAGCAGUUCCAGCUCAACAAAAAAGGUUUCAGGAGGAAAGAGUUCACCAAGGAAGAAGAUGAGAUGCUGAUUCAUUUUGUCCAGCGAAUGAGAGUGGGGAUGCACAUACCUUACCGCAAAAUUUCCUAUUUCAUGGAAGGAAGAGACUCCAUGCAGCUCCUUCAUCGAUGGUCAAAAACUUUGGAUCCUUCUCUGAAGAAGGGAACCUGGAGUAAAGAAGAAGAUGAGCUCUUAUUAAAAGCUGUUGAGAAAUAUGGAGAGAAGGAUUGGUACAAAAUUAGACUGGAAGUUCCUAGAAGGACAGAUACCCAGUGUCGUGAAAGGUAUUGUAAAGGCCUUCACAAGGAUAUUAAAAAAGGCAAAUGGAGCCAGGAUGAACAGGAUAAAUUAGUUGAGUUGACCAAGAAGUAUGGCGUAGGUCAUUGGGCUGAAGUAGGCAGAGAGCUAACACACCGGACAGGCUCCCAAUGCCUGAGCAAGUGGAAGGGUAUGUCAGGUUUUUUCAAGGGGAAAAAAAGAAAACGAAAAAAAACUGAAAGUAGUAAAAUACCCAAAAAAAUGAAAACCCCAGUGCCACAGAAAAUAGCACAAAAUACAGCGACACAAAAGAGACCACGAAAGUCAACACCGAAGAAGAUAAAAGUGGAGGAGCUGAGUGAAGAUGACGCCACAGAUGUCAGCAGUGAGAGCAGCAGCAGCAUCAUGACCAGCAGCAGCAGCAGUAGUAGUAGUAGCAGUAGCAGUAGUAGUAGCAGUAGCGAGGAUGAAGAUGAAUCGAGAAACAAUGCAGAGGAUUUUGACAGUGAAGACAGAAAAGCAGCUGCCAAAUUUCUUGAGUCCGUGCCUGAUUUGGAUUUAUGGAUUCCCAGGAAGAAAAACUCAGACUUGACCCCAAAAAAUGUCAAAAAAGAAAAAUUUUGCACUUCUAGAAUACCACGAAGUAAAAUGCGGGGCAGCCGGGCCCGUUUUCAGUUCAACACUGUACUGAAAGGUAUCGCCUACCCACCAUCUACAGACAUAGUGACAGAAAAUCCUAAGGACAUCCUCUUAGAGGCUAAGAACAGCGGCCACCAUAUUCUGCAAAUCAGUGAAGAUGAAGUUCGUACGAUCCUUAAAUGUAACACCAUAAUUUGCCAAGGAAAACAGCUUGGUCAAACACAGACAGUCUCAGAAGAUGACACCUCGAAGAGAUCGGAUUUAAAAGUUGCGCAAACAAAGAAAAGAGUCCCAUUGGACAGAAGUCUGCUGGUUGCCGUUACGCCCUGGGUGGGCAAUGUCUAUCUUCCCAUAUUAACUCGCUACAAGUCACCUUGGGAUGAGCAAAUUCAUGCUGAUGUAAUAAAAAAGAAGAUUUCCUCAGUGGCUGUAACCAGCACUCCAGUUUUUACCCUACUUAUCCAGUUCUUCAAAAUCGAUGUGAAAGGUUGUCUACAGGUGAUCGGGCUAAGGAGAACCCAAGCUACUCGACGCCCUCAGAUAGCCAAAGGCCCAGCACGACGGACUGCUCCAGUAAAUGCCAAGUCCCCGAAAAGCAUUUUAGCUGCGCAUUCAGUUAUUGCUGAGGUAUCAAAGCCAACUAGCUCAAAGGAAAAAUCCAAAAGUGAAUCUAGACCACAAGCAAAACGCCCUCCUCCUCAGCGCAGAGAAAAAAGUUUUGCCCCACCCCCACCAAAGCUAAAGACUGUCUCCGAGUUGCUGAAAGAAAAAAGAAUGCAACAAUCCAAAGACUGUCCUCUGGCCCAAAAUGCAGCUGUGGUUUCUCCGAGGAUCCUAUUAUCUCCACAAAUGGUGGUCAACCAGCCGUACAUCCCUGCCGAAAAGCAUCAAACCCCAGGUCUUCCUGUGACUUCAGCCACUUCACAAAACAGUCUCUUACAAGCUAUGCCACCCUUUGGGCCAUUACCGACAUGCCAGGUUGUAUCAACAAACAAUAUUGUUAGCAACACUAUAUCCUCAGCAAGUAGUGAUCCUGCAAAAAUGACCAGAUCAGAUGCGCACAAAUCUGUCACUGGCACGCAGGAUGCAAAAGCAUCAGAUAAAUGCAAUAGUGAAGUUAUGGGUUCUGUUGUGUCUGUGGGUUCUCCUUCCAAUGUGCAGGCCAUACCAGGCAGUCAAGGACUAGUUUCCCAGCAAGUACCAAUACAACUGCUUCAGACCGGAGUGAGCCCGGCAGCUACCCCGACCACCUGGAUCCUUACUCCCCAAGGCUUGGUCCAAAUUCCAAUCCAGGCUUUUUUUCCUAAUCCAAUCCAAGCACCUGUGAAUCAGAACUUGUCUGUCCCUAAAUCAUCUAGUAUAAAAACUGCAGAGCCAUCUACAAAUGCAAUGUCUUCUGAUAAAGCCCCUGAAACACAGGCUAGUACGAGCGGUACUGCGAAUCAACAAUCGCUUAACAGUGAUGCCUCAUCUUCAUUAGAAAAUACUGCAGAAAAAAACACACAGCUACAUUGUGUUCAGCCGGCAACACAAUCGACCCUUACACCCAAAAAAUAUGUUGUUAAAAUAAAAAAAGUUGUCCCCUCCAGUCAGCCUAAAGCAGGGUCAUUGGAUGUAGCAAAUAGUCCAAUUCCAGCUUCAUCUCAGACCGUCCCCGAGCUCUCCUCAAGUAGCACUGAGAAGAAGAUUUUAGACUUGAACCUUAUUUCCUUGGAAGACGAGAACUGUGUGAAAAGAUGGCUGCAAGGCAACAACAACAUGCCUUAUCUGCCACCCUCUGCUUGCACUCUGAAGACCUUUUCCAGGCUCUUGUUACAGAAGAAGACUUUGGAAGAAAGUGCAUUUAAGCUUAUUCUCAGUUCUGAUGAAGAAAGUGACAGCAAUAGGAAGCAAGAGAUCCUAGACAACCUGGUGGAGCAGAAACUUAAAGACAAUCCAGCGUACAACCUCCUCAAGCAGCGAUUCAUUUCUGCCUUCACAUUCACAGGGCUGCUGGCUGGUUUCUCACUACCACAAAGUAAGCCGUCCGGGUAUGAGGGGAAGAGCGGGGUCAGAGAUGGAGACCAAGUAGUAAAUAUGGACGCAUGUGGAAGCUCUGCUGAUGGACAUUCAGGUUAUGAAGCUCCACAGUCACAUCCAAAUGAGGGAGACCCUCUGAAUCUUGAGAGUCAGACUCCUAUGAGUGCUGCAGACAAAACUGGGAAGCGACUCAGGAGGAGACCGGCGUAUCGCCACAGUGAGACAUGAACUAUCGUAAAAACUGAUCAUGAUGUAAUAUCCACCUGCUAAAGCCAAUGUAGGAGUUCAUGACAAAGUAGUCAUUACAUCUGCUGAGCACUUCAGAGAGCAGCACAUGGAUCCAGUUCCGCAAACCAGAGUUUGCUAACCUUUGCUGGCCGAUGCACGGUGCUGCCUAUUUGGGAUCUGACACUAUUUUUUGCAGGUCCACCUGUUAUAUUCUUAUAGCAGAGGGAACAUGUUUGUAAGUUGAAACUAUAAUUAUGAGAAACCUGCAAAGUAAUGUAUAGAUUACAUGUACCUGUAACUAAUUGAACAAUUCUCCAAAACCACCUUUUGGUUUUGGGCUCCCUUUAAAGGGGUAAUCCGCUG